UAUUUUCAAGUAAAAGAAUUUUCAAGCUUCAAGAAUUCUUCUAAAAAGCAGGAGAACUGCCCCCAGGAACAGAUGUACUUGGAUAACAAGGAUGACAGUGUGGUUUCUAGACAAGAAAUGGAGCUGAAUCAGACCCCUUCACAUCAAACCAGUUUAUCUGCAAGAGUGGCAACCAAACCGGGGACCAGAAGUUGCAAUGAGCUGUGGCUCUUAAAAGAGUAUCAUGGCAUGGUAACGAGUCUUGGAGAGCCACACACCCCCUGUGAAAAAGCAGCAAUUGAAGAGGAUGGCUGCGUUGCUCUGGGGAAGGAUUUCACUCAAGUCCCCAUGCAGGGAAGAUACCACUUCAAUUUUUCCAAAUUGUUCAGCUCAAGGUCAAGAACCACUUGCUUUACAGAGAAGACACCACUGCUGAAGGUUUCCUCAGAGGAAAAUGGGUUGCCAUGCAUGGGUCUUCAUAACCCAGGUUUUACCACAGAUGAUGAUUCAUGGGACAACAGCUCUGCUGAAUUUGAACAGAGAUUUCAUCUGGGAAGUGAAAUGACCAGUUUGUCUAGAUCUGCUUCCUCUGAGAAAUAUGAAAUCUUGGAUAACCUUCAUGUCAAGUUCAAUUUAUCAAAGAUGAGAUGCUGUCUAAAAUUCCUGAAAAUUUCAGUCCUUUUUAUCUUUGUGGUAGUCUGCUCUAUUUUGUUUGGCAUUUACCCAGAUCAACACGUGUCCUGGCAGAUGUUGGCUGUCUCGCCUCUGGAAAGCUUCUCUAUGAAUUUGACAGACUUUCGUGACUCUGCUCUGUUGAAGUUAGACAUAGGAGGCCCAUUUGCAGCAGAUGUAGCUGACGAACAAACACAAGAAUACAUUUUAGUACAAGUCAGCCAGACUGAAGAAACUGGAUCAAGGAGGAGACGCCAACAGCAGGUGGUAUACAACUGGUCUUUACCCUUAAGUUCAAGAAGAAAUCAGCAAAUCAUCACAACCAGAACCUUUCAGAUACCAAACAGAGGCACCAUCUUCUUAAACAUUCAAGCUCUCCUGCAGCAACCUGGAAGUGUUCCUCUCUCCAUGAAACAUCAAUACCUUCAUGCAAAUAUAGAGGCACAAGUAACAAUUGCAUCCAUCAUCUUAUUAGGCGUCUAUGUGCUGAUCAUACUGGAAAUCGUUCACAGGACUCUUGCAGCGAUGCUAGGCUCUUUGGCAGCUUUGGCUGCAUUAGCUGUUAUUGGGGAGAGGCCGAGUAUGGUCAAAGUGGUAGAGUGGAUUGAUUAUGAGACACUGGCACUGCUGUUUGGAAUGAUGGUUUUAGUGGCCAUAUUUUCAGAAACUGGAUUCUUUGAUUACUGUGCAGUAAAGGCUUAUCGAUUCUCUAGAGGCAAGGUGUGGGCCAUGAUUACGCUUCUGUGCCUUAUUGCUGCAAUUCUUUCUGCAUUUUUGGACAACGUUACCACAAUGUUGCUCUUUACUCCAGUAACCAUAAGGCUCUGUGAAGUACUGAAUCUUGAUCCAAGGCAUGUCUUGAUUGCAGAAGUAAUCUUCACAAAUAUUGGGGGGGCUGCCACAGCUGUUGGGGAUCCUCCCAAUGUGAUUAUUGUUUCCAAGCAGGAGCUGAGGAAGCAGGGAUUGGAUUUUGCAGCCUUCACAGGACACAUGUUUAUUGGAAUCUGCCUUGUUGUUCUGGUUUCCUUUCCUUUUCUUGGACUUCUUUACUGGAACAAAAAACUGUAUAAUAAGGAGCCGAGUGAAAUCGUUGAACUGAAACAUGAGAUCUAUGUUUGGAGGUUGACUGCUCAGCGCAUUAACCCUGCCAGCAGGGAAGAAACUGCCGUGAAAUGCCUCUUGAUGCAGAAGGUGCUGACUCUGGAGAUACUCCUGAGGAAGAAGCUCAGGACAUUCCACAAGCAAAUUUCACAAGAAGAUAAAAACUGGGAAACAAAUAUUCAGGAACUCCAGAAAAAACACAGAAUAACAGACAAAAUCCUUCUCGUCAAAUGCCUUACUGUGCUGGGAUGUGUUAUUCUGAUGUUUUUUCUCAACUCAUUUGUUGCAGGUGUCUACUUAGAUCUUGGCUGGAUUGCCAUUUUGGGAGCCAUUUGGCUGCUAGUGCUAGCAGACAUCCAUGAUUUUGAGAUGAUAUUAAGCAGAGUGGAAUGGGCAACCCUUCUUUUCUUUGCAGCAUUAUUUGUUCUCAUGGAGGCUUUGGCUCAUCUGCAUUUAAUAGACUACAUAGGAGAACAGACAGCUUUGCUAAUAAAGGUGGUUCCUGAGGACCAGCGCUUGGCAGUGGCCAUCAUUUUAGUGCUCUGGGUAUCUGCUUUGGCCUCAUCUGUGAUUGACAAUAUCCCAUUUACAGCUACAAUGAUUCCUGUUCUUCUCAAUCUGAGUAAAGAUCCUGAUGUUAACUUGCCUAUUAAACCAUUAAUAUUCUCGUUGGCCAUGGGUGCAUGCCUUGGAGGCAAUGGAACACUGAUUGGAGCAUCUGCAAACGUUGUUUGUGCAGGAAUUGCUGAACAGCAUGGCUAUGGCUUCUCCUUCAUGGAAUUCUUCAGGUUAGGUUUCCCCAUGAUGAUCGUGUCCUGUACCAUCGGGAUGUGCUAUCUUCUUGUUGCUCAUGUUGUAGUAGGUUGGAAUUCAUAA